AUGUCUGCUCAGAAUAAAAAAUACCCUUUAUGGUUAGGAGGUGCCGCGGCGUCUAUGGCUGCAUGCUGUACGCAUCCUCUUGAUGUGAUGCGAGUGCGAAUGCAAACCUCGACCACUAAAACAACGUUCUCGAAUGCUGUACGAGGCGUUUUAGCGAAUGAUGGUGUACGAGGGCUAUAUACAGGUCUUACAGCGUCGGUAUUUCGACAAAUGACUUAUUCAGUGACCCGUUUAGGCGCAUAUGAUAUGAUGAAGGCUUCAAUGUCAAAUGGAGGCAAUAAGAAGUUAACGACGGGUGACUUGGUUAUUUGUGCUAGUACGGCCGGUGCUUUGGGUGGUUUAGCGGGAAAUCCAGCGGACAUUAUUCUGGUCAGAAUGGUAGCAGACCCCACGAAAACACCAGAUCAACAGUACAGAUAUCGAAAUGCACUACAAGGAGUGUAUAGAAUGGUCAGAGAGGAAGGCGCACCGUCUUUGGCUAGAGGGUUGUUACCUAACACUAUACGAGCAAUCCUCAUGAAUGCCUCCCAAUUAGUUUCCUAUGAUUUCUUCAAAGACCUCCUCCUUUCCCAAAAUCUUAUGACAAAUGGUAUGCCAUGUCAUUUCGUAUCCUCUGCUCUCGCUGGUACUGUAGCUACAACGAUAUGUGCUCCUGCGGAUGUCGUGAAAAGUAGGAUAAUGAAUAUGAAACAUGGUCAAGGUGGUCAUGGACCUUUUGCUUUGAUAAUGGAAAGUCUGAAACUUGAAGGCCCAAGAUUCCUCUUCAAGGGUUGGUUACCUGCUUGGAUCCGUCUUACACCUAAUACAAUUUGCAUGUUUGUCUUCCUUGAACAACUUCGAAAUGCUGUAGAUAUGUUUAGGGAAAAGACUGCAGGUGUAUCACCGAGUCUAUAA